AUGCAACAAAGUUCAUCACCAGAACUUGUUUAUUCAUUCAAUCAUAUUGAUACUCAAUGGCUUGACAGCUGUGUCAUUAUGGGCUAUAAUUUUCUAUUGAAUCCACUAUUAUUAGAAUUUUAUACUUAUUCACAAUCUUCACGUGGUGUAAAACAUGAUGAAAUUAAUAUUGAUAAUAAUAUUAUCACAUUAAAAAUUACAUUGAAUAACAAUCAAAUAUUGACGAGCGAAAAAUUAGGUAUUUAUCCGAAUGUAACACGAAUAAAUAAUCAUUCACAAAUGACAACAACUGCCAUGAAAAAUGGUUUACAAAAUAGGUGCGAUAGCCGAUGUGUUCAACUAGCAUUCUAUAUUAGUUUUGAAGCUUUAUAA